CAGACUGUGGCACUGACUAGGUUGACCAAAUCUAAUUCAUUUCUUUGUUGUGAUUAAACGUUAGCCGCUUUUGAAAUCUGCCUCACCGGUUGAGUUUAUAAACUAUUGAUAGUUCUUUGCAUCUAGGUGCUUAGAGGAUGAGUGGCGGGGUGUACGGAGGCGAUGAGGUCGGAGCGCUUGUGUUUGACAUCGGCUCGUACACGGUGCGCGCAGGCUAUGCCGGUGAGGACUGUCCGAAGGCGGACUUUCCGACGGUGAUCGGAGCGACGGUUGACCGGGAGGAUGGCACCGUUCCCAUGGAGACGGACGGGGAGAAGACCAAGCAGAGUGGCACCACCUACUACAUUGACACCAACCAGCUCCGCGUGCCCCGAGAAAACAUGGAGGUCAUGUCUCCCCUCAAAAACGGCAUGAUUGAAGACUGGGACAGCUUCCAGGCCAUUCUGGACCACACCUACAAGAUGCAUUUCAAGUCGGAGCCCAGUCUGCACCCUGUGCUCAUGUCCGAGGCCUCGUGGAACACCCGAGCAAAGCGCGAAAAGCUGACAGAGUUGAUGUUUGAGCACUACAACAUUCCCGCCUUCUUCCUGUGCAAGACUGCAGUCCUGUCAGCCUUUGCAAAUGGGCGCUCCACGGGUCUGGUGCUCGACAGCGGCGCCACGCACACCACAGCUAUCCCUGUGCAUGAUGGCUACGUCCUGCAGCAAGGCAUUGUGAAGUCCCCACUGGCGGGAGACUUCAUGAGCAUGCAGUGUCGUGAGCUGUUCCAGGAGCUCGCGGUGGAGAUCGUCCCACCCUACUUGAUCGCAUCAAAGGUGAGGGCAGCCAAAGAUGCUGUGCGUGAGGGGGCUGCUGCCAGUUGGAAGAAGAAGGAAAAGCUUCCUCAGGUCACACGCUCCUGGCACAACUACAUGUGUAAUUGUGUCAUUCAGGACUUCCAGGCCUCAGUUCUGCAGGUGUCCGACUCGCCUUACGAUGAACAAGUGGCGGCCCAAAUGCCCACCAUGCAUUAUGAGCUGCCUAACGGUUACAACUGUGACUUCGGAUCAGAGCGGCUAAAGAUUCCAGAGGGCCUCUUCGACCCCUCCAACGCCAAGGGCCUGUCUGGUAACACCAUGCUGGGAGUGGGACACGUGGUGACCACCAGUGUGGGCAUGUGUGACAUCGACAUUCGACCGGGUCUGUACGGAAGUGUGGUAGUGACUGGCGGAAACACACUCAUUCAGGGCUUCACCGAUCGCCUCACCAGGGAGCUGUCACAGAAGACUCCACCGAGUAUGCGUCUGAAGCUAAUAGCCAACAACACCACAGUGGAGCGCAGGUUUAGCGCCUGGAUCGGAGGCUCCAUCCUGGCAUCACUGGUAAGAUGGGGGUCAGAGGUCAAGGGCGUUAAGAAUCUCCUCUUCAGAGUCUCUUCUUUAACGUGUGUGUGUGUGUGUUGCAGGGAACGUUCCAGCAGAUGUGGAUCUCGAAGCAGGAAUAUGAAGAGGGCGGAAAGCAGUGUGUAGACAGGAAGUGCCCCUGAUCGCCACGGAGACGACCACUGCCUUUAAAACGCGACAAACCUCUCUGCUUGUCCACCCCACCGUACUGGACUCAGGAACAACACAAGGACGCGCCGUUUUAUAGUUUUUUAAAAACACAUCAGUCAAGAUUCCAGUCCUUUUUUCUUUAGAGUCUUUGCUAUUUUCUUAAACACACCUAGAUGCUGUGUUGUGAUCGCUGACCAUUUUCAAGGGUGACAGGUCUGACGGAAUUACCUGCAACUGGCCGCUCUGUCCCCUGUGAGAACUGGUCUUGUGUGAGCCACGUAUUAUGUUACUGUCGACUGAUUCCUCAACCCCGCGGUCACUGUCAGGAUGCAACCGACUUUUGAUUUCCCUGUUAGUCUUUUUGAAAAAUAAACGUUUUUAUUGCGAUGCCUUUUGAAUUUGAACAUUUGACACAGAUAAUCCCAGAGCGCUGUUGUACAAAAAGUCACCUGUAUUUAUUUAGAUGCUCAUGAUCAUAUCACACAUCAGACAGAACUCCAAUAAACAUGUUUCUCUUUUCA